AUGACCACAGCUUCAACUCGUCGAAUACAAAGUAGACGAGAUAAUUCACGACAAGCUGCUUUUUCCUUCCUCUCAAACAUUAGCCUUGGUACUGAGAACGCUUUCUCUCAACACAAUCGUCGGGUAACAGGUGUUCCUGACACUUUUGGAUCCAACAAUCUAAUAGCUGUUGACAGUUAUGGAACACGACUUCAACCGAAUAUUCGGCAUUUUACUGAUACAAGCAAAAGCAAACUUAAUGGCCUACGUAUCGACACAAAACGAAGUAGAGACCCUGACAAUACGUCACCCGUCGUCGACUCUUCAUAUGGUCAAGUCUUUCCUGGCGAAAACGUACUCUCUAACGGAGACACUUCCGUCAUAGAACAAGACGACGAGGACGAACCUCCUUUGUGGAAUAAACGUACUAGAAGCGACAGCGUACGCGCACAGGCGGCAACCAGUUUCUUGAGUAAUAUCAGUCUUGAUGGAAAGGAAAGUAGGCCGCACCGCGUAUCAAGAGUGAACGAAAGUGCAUCAGUCAAAGACAAGACAAAAGGCUUGGAGAUUGAUGCAAUUAUUGAAGAAGAGAUCGUAGAAAGCUUGUAUGGCCCUGUUAUAAAUAGUCGAGCCAGAACGAACUCAGUCUCUUCCGAUGACACGAGUUCGUCCUCUUCAUUAUCACCUUCCCAAUCACCUCCUGGAAGCUGGCAACAAGAGGGAAUACGUCGAAUGAGUCUAUUUCGUCACGGAUCGUACAACGCCAACAACAGUUACGUUAAUCCCACCUCUUUUAGCGCUAAUUUUAACAAUUCAGCCAGAAUUAAUGCAUCGCAGCAAAACAUGAUUCUUCCGACAAUAUCGAUAUCUCCUACAAACACGGGUGUAUUUUCUAUGUUGAAGGGAAGUGAUGAUAAGACGAGUCGUCGGGAUUUGAGGAGGAAGCAUAGUAUUUCCGAGAAUUCAAAUCGAAGACAGGCUCAGUCUUAUGCGAAUUUGUUAUCACCGACUAACGCAUUAGGUUCAGAGAAUGAGAAAACUGGUUACGAUCCAUAUGAUCUCGACGAUCCCAAUAUAAGUCUUGGGAAACGUCGGCCAGCAAAAGCGUUCUCAUCCUUUAUGGGCUCAAUAAUGUCUUAUAGUCGUGAAUCCGACGAAAAGCGAGAAGCGAACGAAAUAUUCCGUCAAAAACAUCCACAAAUUGAUACUAGUAUCACAUUGAGUAAAAUAAGAACUAUAAAAGAAAAGUUAUUGGCAGCGGCUAGGAAUGAGAGUCUUAAUCUGGACUUGGAACUAUCGACUGUCGCAAUGGCUUAUUCUUACUUUGAGAAACUUAUUUACAAGAAAGUUGUGGACAAAUCGAAUAGGAAAGUCAUGGCUGCCAUAUGUUUGUUUUUGGCCGUAAAAGUCAAUGAACCUCGAGCAACCGGGCUCGGUUCAUUACUAGAUUCUUUGCACAAACACUUGGAUGUUAAUGAAAAAGAAAUAAAAGAUCAAGAAUUUUCCGUAUUCGCAGCGUUAGAUUUUGCAUUGAUUUUACCAAAAGAAGAAAUAAUGCCACAUUUUGAAAGGAUAUUUGGAACUUUGGAAUACAAAAGCACCGAAGAGUAUCUUGGUCCAAACCCAUUUUACACUUCUUCCGGAAUAAGCUGA